AGCCGGAAGUGGCGCAACUUCCGGCCGGAGCCGCCAUCUCGCCGUGAGACAGCAGGAGCGGCCGCCGCGCGAUGUCGUCCUCCCCAGCCGUGUACUCGGGCCCGGGCAGUCACCCGGCGAUGGAGCCUCGCAGCGCCGCGGGCCCCGUGCAGCUGCGCUUCUCGCCCUACGCUUUCAACGGGGGUACUGUGUUGGCAAUUGCUGGAGAAGAUUUUUCAAUUGUUGCUUCUGAUACUCGAUUGAGUGAAGGGUUUUCAAUUCACACCCGGGACAGCCCCAAAUGUUACAAAUUAACAGACAAAACAGUCAUUGGAUGCAGUGGUUUUCAUGGAGACUGUCUAACCCUGACAAAGAUUAUUGAAGCAAGACUAAAGAUGUACAAGCAUUCCAAUAACAAGGCCAUGACCACGGGGGCCAUUGCUGCCAUGCUGUCCACGAUCCUCUAUUCCAGGCGCUUCUUCCCGUACUAUGUGUACAACAUCAUCGGGGGACUUGAUGAAGAAGGGAAGGGGGCCGUGUACAGCUUUGACCCGGUGGGGUCCUACCAGAGAGACUCCUUCAAGGCCGGAGGCUCCGCGAGUGCCAUGCUGCAGCCCCUGCUCGACAACCAGGUCGGCUUUAAGAACAUGCAGAAUGUGCAGCACGUGCCCCUGACCCUGGAGAGGGCCCUGCGGCUCGUGAAAGACGUCUUCGUCUCUGCUGCCGAGCGAGAUGUGUACACCGGGGACGCGCUCAGGAUCUGUGUUGUGACCAAGGAGGGCAUCACGGAGGAGACCGUUCCCCUGAGAAAAGACUGACUGGUUGUUUUAUUAAACAAAUAAACCCUGAAGUGUUCGUUUUGUUAGGACUUGUCUUCUCGGCAGCACCUAGCUGAGAAAUGGGGUUUCUUUUUCCUCGGUGUCUUCACCCUCCCCUUACUUUUCUGACUUCCAGAGCUAUUUUUAUAUUUUUAAGAUGAAGAGACAGACAGGCUGUGGCAGUUUUUCUUUACGUUUGUGAGCAAGAAAUUUGGGAGAGUUGGCUUUUUGAUGAGCGUGUCAGCACCACCCGAUGAUGACAGGCCGUCCUGUGAUGGGGGUGCUUUGGGACGUCUUUAACCCUCCCGGCUUGCCGUGAGAGCCGGCUAGCUUUACAGCCCCAGGUCUCAUUCUCACACCAUCUUGGUUUCACUAAGACAUUAUUGGGUUGUUGGAAAAGUCAUGAUGCAUUUUUGCAAUGAAAACCAGAAAAAAUACAUCAUGACUUUUCCGACAACCCAAUAGAAUACCUAAGGUUUCUCAUUCCUAGGAUUGUUAAGCAAGCAGCAUGGAACGGCUGUUUUGGAGACAUCGUCAAAUCAGCCAGAGUAGAAGACAGUUAUGAAAGCCCUGGAAAUGGGCUUUAGCCAGAAAUUGGGGAUAAUUUUUCCAAACGUUGUUUUUAGGAAGGUUAAAAUCGCGACCUAACUUUUGAGAGAUAAAGUAGCUUUGUUUUAGAACUGUUAAAUACAUUUUUAACUCCAUUAUGUAUAAUGUGGGAAUACCUUUUUUGGUGUGGAACAAGUGAAAUCCUACCACAUAGCCUCGGAGGAGAGUUGCAAUGAGAUUUUACUGUUGACCUGUUAAGAAGUUAACUAAAAGUAUUAAAACUCUAGUAGAUAUAUAUUUUAAAAUUUGUUCUACCAACAGCUGUUAAAUGCCCUAUCACAGGCCCUGGAGCACAAGGGUAAGAUCUCAUUUGUCUUUCUGUUAGUGUCUCAAGUGAAAACUAGACUGUCCCGUUCACAAUGCACAUUUGUCAUCCUGUUGUAUGACUUCUCUAAAAUGGAGCCAAUGGAAUAAACACAGAAAUUUACUAUAA